AUGGACCGCCCAGAUGAAGGGCCUCCGGCCAAGGCCCGCCGCCUUAGUGGCUCCGAGCCCCCUCAGAGCGAGCUGCCGCCGCCGCCGCCGCCGCCGCCGCCGCCGCCGCCUCCUCUCCUGCGCCUGCCCCUGCCUCCACCUCAGCAGCGCCCGAGGCUCCAGGAGGAAACCGAGGCGGCUCAGGUGCUGGCUGACAUGAGGGGGGUGGGACUGGGCCCCGCUCUGCCCCCGCCUCCGCCCUAUGUCAUCCUCGAGGAGGGGGGUAUCCGCGCAUACUUCACCCUGGGGGCUGGGGGUCCCGGCUGGGAGCCCGCAGUCGAGUCAGGGUACGGGGGGUCGUCCCCUCCCGCGGAGAGCCUAGAAAUGCUCUCUCCCUCAGAGGUUUCUGGGGGAAACCUGGAGAUUGACUUCCAGGUGACGGAGCCCAGCAGCUUUGCAGGAGAGAAGGCCCUAGAAACCUGUAGCGCAGGGGGGCGGGGGUACCAGAGGUUAGCCGGUCCAAGGGGGAGAGAGGAGACUGUCAUCAUCGUGGAAGACGACGACGAGGAUGAAAAGGAAAGUGUGAGGAAGAGGAGGAGGAGGAGGAAGAGGAAGCCCAGGAAGGUGAAGAGGGAAAGCCCAGAGAAGAAUGCCGAGAAGAUAGAGUGCAUCCUGCAGGCUCUGGAAAACAUUCAACUAGACCUGGAGGCGGUGAAUAUCAAGGCAGGCAAGGCCUUCCUCCGUCUCAAGCGCAAGUUCAUCCAGAUGCGGAGACCCUUCCUGGAGCGCAGAGAUCUUAUCAUCCAGCAUAUCCCAGGCUUCUGGGUCAAAGCAUUCCUCAACCACCCCAAAAUUUCAAUCUUGAUCAACCAACGCGAUGAAGACAUUUUCCGCUACUUGACCAACCUGCAGGUACAGGAUCUCAGACAUAUCUCCAUGGGCUACAAAAUGAAGCUGUACUUCCAGACAAACCCCUACUUCACAAAUAUGGUGAUUGUCAAGGAGUUCCAGCGCAACCGCUCAGGCCGGCUGGUGUCUCACUCCACCCCAAUUCGCUGGCACCGGGGCCAGGAACCUCAGGCCCACAGGCAUGGGAACCAGGAUGCCAGCCACAGCUUCUUCAGCUGGUUCUCAAACCAUAGCCUCCCAGAAGCUGACAGGAUUGCUGAGAUUAUCAAGAAUGACCUGUGGGUUAACCCUGUGCGUUACUACAUGAUGGGAGAAGGGGGCUACAGAACAAGCAGAAAGAAGCAAGAAAAAGAAGAAAGUAAAAACAAGGAUGAAUAUGAAGUGGUGAUCGUGGAAGACUCUGAUGACUAUCACAUCAUGGAAGACAUUAUUGGAGAGACCUCAGACAGUGAUGGUAUCACCGACAAUGAGACCAUUCAUGACGUCAAGAUCUCUGACUUCAUGGAGACCACUGACUGCUUCGAGACCACUGACAACGAGAUAACUGACAUCAAUGAGAGCCUCUGUGACAGCGAGUGCCCUGGCCACAAUGAGACCACCGACAACAACGAAAGCCCCAAUGACAAUGAAACCACUGAUAACAAUGAGAGUGCUGAUGACAAGGAGAGUACCGAUGACAACACUGAGAACCCUGAAGAUGAAAACACUGAUGAGAACGAAGAGAACCCUGAUGACAACGAUGAGAAUGCUGAUGAGAACCCCAUUGGUGAUGAUGAGAACCCCAAAGGUGGCAACCAAAGCAGCAAUGGCAACAACCAGGACAGCAGUGACAGUGACAAUGAAGGAGACAAUGAUGGCAGUGAUAUUGAAGAUAAUGAUGGCAACGAAGGUGACAAUGAAGGUAGUGAUGAUGAUGGCAACGAAGGUGACAAUGAAGGCAGUGAUGAUGACGACAGAGACAUUGACGACUACGAGAAUUACCUUGAAGGCUCUGACAAGGAUCACCAUAACACCACCAACCAGGACAACUAUGAGGACGAAGUAGAGAACAUCUCUGAAGAAGAGUCAUCAGUGGAGGAAGAGGAGGAGGGCAGUGAGGAAGGCAGUGAGCAAGGUGAGAACAGCAAUGAUGAGGAAGGAAUCGAAGACGACUCAGGAGAGGAAGACUCAGAAGACUCCGACAUGGAGAAGGUGCUUCAGGUCCAAAACCCUUGGGCCAUCCCGGGAAAGAGGGGCAAAAUGGGAUAA